AGCACAAGUCGCUUAUUUUCUCUCUCUCCUUCGUCGUCGCGCUUCUUCUGAAGAAUCUGGUUUCGUAGUUGGUUCCACAGAUCUUCAUUUUCAGGUGUUGCAUACAACCUGUUGUUUAGCUUCUGAAUCAGUGUCCGUUGGAUUUCUAGAGGAUCAAUAUGGUUGUUCUAGCAGCUUCCAUUAUAAGUAAAUCUGGCAAAGCCCUUGUUUCAAGGCAGUUCGUUGAUAUGUCUCGCAUAAGAAUUGAGGGGCUUCUUGCAGCUUUCCCCAAGUUGGUCGGAACAGGGAAACAACACACUUAUAUCGAGACUGAAAAUGUGCGUUAUGUAUACCAGCUGUUAGAGUCUGUGUAUUUGUUGCUUGUCACAAACAAACAGAGCAAUAUCUUGGAAGAUCUGGACACACUGAGGCUGCUCUCCAAGAUCGUACCUGAGUAUUCUUAUUCUUUAGAUGAAGAGGGCAUUUGCAAGACAGCUUUUGAGUUGAUUUUUGCAUUUGACGAGGUUAUCACCAUUGGGCACAAGGAGAAUGUUACCAUUGCCCAAGUGAAGCAAUAUUGUGAGAUGGAGAGUCAUGAGGAGAAGUUGCACAAAUUAGUGUUACAGAGCAAAAUUAAUGAAACUAAGGAUAUAAUGAAACAGAAAGCAAUUGAAAUUACAAAAAGCAAGUUUGAAAAGAAUAGAGGCGAGAAAGGAGGACUCACGUCGAUGGGUUCCGGAAGAAUUGAAAGUGGUUUUGGCAGCGAUAUAAGCAUAUCGAGCACUGGAAGUGGUUUUGGAAGCGCCUCUGGGUUUGGAGUAAACACUGAUGUGGACUCUUUCUCGAGCAAGCCCAAAGGUCGUCCACCUGCAUCUGCUACUGCUCCUCCAAAAGGUCUUGGUAUGCAGCUGGGUAAAACCCAAAGGACAAAUCAGUUUUUGGAAUCUUUGAAAGCUGAAGGUGAAGUGAUUGUUGAGGACGUUCGUCCCAGUGUUGGACAAUCCAGACCUGCUGUUCCACCACUAACUGAUCCUGUGACACUUACGGUGGAAGAAAAGCUCAAUGUAACACUGAAGCGAGAUGGUGGGGUCAGCAACUUUGAUGUUCAGGGAACCUUGUCUCUCCAAAUACUUAAUCAAGAUGAUGGGCUUAUCCAAGUUCAGAUUGAGACGGGGGGUAACCCAGGGAUCCUUUUCAAGACACACCCUAACAUCAACAAAGACUUGUUUUCCAAUGAAAAUAUUCUAGGCCUUAAAGAUCCUAACAGGCCAUUUCCUGCUGGUCAAGCUGGUGAUGGUGUUGGUCUCUUGAAGUGGAGAAUGCAAAGUGUAGAUGAGUCAGUUGUGCCAUUGACAAUUAACUGUUGGCCCUCUGUUUCUGGAAAUGAAACCUAUGUCAGCAUUGAGUAUGAAGCUUCAUCAAUGUUUGAUUUGCAAAAUGUUAUCAUUUCGGUACCUCUUCCGGCUCUUAGAGAGGCACCGAGUGUCAAGCAGAUUGAUGGGGAGUCGAGGUAUGACUCCAGAAAUUCCACUUUGGAAUGGUCCAUACUUCUCAUCGAUGACUCAAAUCGCAGUGGAUCAAUGGAGUUUGUUGUUCCUCCAGCAGAUUCAUCAGUCUUCUUUCCAAUUUCCCUGUGUUUUACGGCUGCCAAUACAUUCAGUGACCUAAAGGUUGUCAAUAUCUUGCCACUGAAAGGUGGACCCGCUCCCAAGUUUUCUCGUAGGGCACAGCUAUCCACAGAAAACUACCAAGUCGUAUGACUGCAGUUUUUAUGCCGGCAAAUAUACUGGGGAAGUCUCUAUCAAGAUACCAGAGAUCCGUUUUUCUCUUGAAAUUUAAAACAUCAAGGUCCUUUUUCAUUUAAUUCUUGUUCAAAUUUUGAGACUAACUGGCACUGCAUUUGGUUGAUUUUUUUUUUGUUUUUGUUUUUUUCUUCGAAGAAGUUAAGAUAGAUAGUCGUUAUAUCCGCAGUGCUAAUUUAGGAAUUCUUUUGAUUUCAAAGAGAAUAUGGGCAUCGGGGCUGAGUAAUAAAAUCAGACUGUAAAAAUGUUCUUUAUCACUAUACUCUGGCUGACAUAAGUUUCACUCCCUUGUUAUGGGUAUUUUUUUUUC